AAGGGGCGGGCCAAUGAGCAACUUACUACCAGGAGAGGGUAGAGGGCGAUCACGAUGAUCGAGUGGCCACGAGAUGUGGCACGCCGGCGGAUCUCGAUGUUAGUUGCCGGACACAAUGGAGCGGAGGGCGAAACAAGAUAUGGGCAAAAAUCAAAUCGCUCACUGGGCGAAAUCCAGAUUGAACGCCGCUAUUUAACAGUCCUGCCUGCCCUCUCUCCUCACACCUUUCCGCUGGCCCAUACCACCGAUAGUCAUGUCUGCCUACGAAGAGACUGGUAUGAUUUUCGGAUGGACACCCUCACCCUCGUCCUCAUCCUCGACGUCCCCUUCGACCUCACCUGAUUUCCGCCAUGCACACGACCUUCCUACCAUCGAGCCACUGGGCAAGCCUAGUUCCCAGCAUCGUUACAUCCCUCACACGCGUCCAUCCCGAUCUGUAUCGUUCGGUUCCUAUCGGUCUGCUCAGUCCCCCGGCUAUUCCACAGACACUACCCCGCCCAGCUCCACCCUGACCUCGUCCGAUCGACGCGCCAUCCGCAACCGCAUGCGCAAUCCGGCGUGGGUUCCUCGCCCGCGCAACGCGUUUAUCAUAUUCCGGUGCGAGUACGCCUCCAAGCAUGCCAAACAUGGCUCCUCGUCAGGUGCCACUUCUGCCACUGCUACCGACACGACUCUGUCCAAGCGCGCAGGUGAGGCGUGGAAGAGGUUGUCUGAUGAAGAGCAUGAGCACUACAAGGCACUCGCUGAUGCUGAGAAGCUCGAUCACGCUCUCCGGAACCCUGACUAUCGCUUCAAUCCAUCCCGCAAUCGUACCCAGGCAACGGGUGUCGAGCGUCGCACCAAUGGCAAGCGCCAGGGGAUGGACCGUUGUGCGAAGGUAGCUCGGCUCAUCAUGCAGGAGAAGUUGGGUGGCAGUCAGCAAGCGGAAUUCCAUGAUUGUGAGGGCAGUGUCGAGGCUUCCUCUCCUGAGGGAAGUCAGACGCAGGACGACGAUCCAUCACCCCCCAUUCUGAGCCGACAGCGAUCGGCCUCUUCCCCAUUCCCCCAUUCCUAUCUACAGAAAGAUAGCCCAACCACCCCUGACGCCACAUCGUUCUCAACUGUACAGUCCUGGGCGGAGAACGAGGCCCAUGGAGCCGUGCAGCGCCCAUAUACAGACGAAUACUCUCCCUACGUCGAGAAUCAGCAGACUGCGUCAUAUCCAAGUGUGGACGUGCAGGAAGCGUAUGCGAUGUCGUUCGACAUGUCGCAGAGCGUCUACCCGUCUGGAGGUUAUCCAUCUGUUCCAUACGACUUGUCGUACCCGAACGAUGCCUAUUCCACGAGCCUCGACGCAAUGAAUCUGCAACUCGCCAAUUGGAAUUACAGCGAUAGUCCAAAGGAGUCGUCCUUCACUCCCUCAGAUAGCACUUCUGUGGCAACGCCGCAAUCCGACGAAAUGGGAUUGGCCCUCGCUUACCCCUCCGCGUUCAACGAUUCGCCACCACAGUCGCAGCAAAACUCGUAUUUCAGCGAUAACGCAUCGACAUUGGGUGCUGAUGCCUCGCAGACGAUGUGGAUGGAGAGUGGCUAUGAUCUCCAGUCAUAUUCCCUCGCCCUGGAUAGAACGCCGGUCUUGAGUGAGACUCAGGAGCCGUAUGACCUUCAUGCAGCAGAUAACGUUAGAUUUGAAGAUUUUUUCCACACGUCCUUGUAGGGUCCUCCACUUCUCCACUCACCUAUAUCGCUGUUCUUGUACUGUUUGAUCCUGCUUUGGACUUUCAUUGUCUUUCUACCGUCCUUUCGCUCCUUUUACCUUGUCCUGUUUGUGUCACGUUUGCUUCGAUCGUCUGGAUCGACUGUAGCAGUAGUCAAAAAUACGGUUCUCUCAUCGUACUCCUGGUACCAAUGUAGUAUGUUUAUUUCUUGCUUU